CUAAGCCCAUUUCCCAAACUUCCCACGUUCCAUCCUUUCUUCUAACUAAACCCCCCUUCCGCUCUCGUGAUCUCUCUCCCUCCCCACUUCCGCUCUCAACCGGUGGUGGCGACGACGACAAUGAAGAGAUCUCUCUCCGCCGCCAUCUCCAACGGCGACGACCUCUUCCCCUUCAUUCACCGCUUCUUUGCCCAGUUCAAGCCCGAGGCCCUCCUCCACAACCUUCGCCUCUUCGCCUGAUCCAAGGAGUCCGAGAUCGAGUCCGUCUGCAAAGCUCACUACCAGGACUUCAUUCGCGCAUAAAUUAAAAGGGGAAGAAAAAGAAAGGAAAAGCCAACAACAUAGACUUCAACUCCAAGGCAGAAGAACGAAGACCUAGCAGCAGAGAAGAAAAAGAUUCGAUUCUUUUUCUUCUUUUCCAGUGCAAUUCUGGGGUUUAGGAUUUGUUCUCCUCUAUUCUUUGGCACAAGGUUUGAGGUUUAAAGAUGAGUGACAAUAUAAUGGAGAAAGUUAACGCCUUUGGUGAACGCCUGAAGAAUCAGAUUAGUAGUUCAGAAGUUGGGUGAAAGAUGACAGAAGGUAUGAGCUCCAUGAGUUUUAAGAUGAAAGAGUUUUUUCAAGGGAAAAUGAUGGCAAUAGCUGUGAAGCCUGCGAAGCAAGUGGAAGAUAAGAGAAGAACUAAUACGAAACAAAGAAGGGUUGUGGUGACAGGGAUGGGCGUCAUGACUCCAUUACGCCACGAGCCUGAUGUUUUCUAUAAUAAUCUCCUCAACGGUAUAAGUGGAAUCAGUGAAAUAGAAAAUUUCGACUGUGCCGGCUAUCCAACGAGAAUUGCAGGAAAGAUUAAAUCGUUUUCAACAGAUGGAUGGGUGGUACCAAAACUAUCUAAGAGGAUGGACAAAUUUAUGCUUUACAUGCUUACUGCUGGUAAAAAAGCUCUGGUGAAUGAUGGAAUUACUAAAGAAGUUUUGAAUGAGCUAGACAAGACGAAGUGUGGUGUUUUUAUCGGGUCUGCAAUGGGUGGCAUGAAGGUCUUCAAUGAUGCAAUCGAAUCUUUGAGGGUCUCAUACAAGAAGAUGAUCCCCUUUUGUGUUACCUUUGCAACUACAAAUAUGAGUUCGGCUAUGCUAGCAAUGGAUAUGGGCUGGAUGGGCCCGAACUAUUCAAUUUCAACUGCUUCUGCUACAAGCAACUUCUGUAUCCUGAAUGCAGCUAACCAUAUCAUAAGAGGUGAAGCUGGUUGGGAGGUUUUGUGGCAUGUCGGGCACUUUCACAAAGAAACAAUGAUCCAACCAAAGAUUCACGACCAUGGGAUAGUGAACGUGAUGGAUUUGUUAUGGGAGAAGGUUCAGGUGUACUAUUAUUGGAAGAACUCGAGCAUGCUAAGCAAAGAGGAGCAAACAUAUAUGCUGAAUUUUUGGGAGGAAGUUUCACCUGCGAUGCUUACCAUAUGACAGAGCCACACCCUGAGGGUAAAAAAUAAUCUCUCUUUUACAUUGAAUAUUGAAUAAGUGUUGCUUGGUCUAAUACCCGGUCCUGAUUCAGGUAUCAUAAAUAAACUCUUAUCCUCAUCGAGCCAUUAUUAUUUUUAUUGAUUUCUUCAAUUAUUGAGGGUUUUGAUCUCUGAGUUUUGUCCAAAUUGUGCUUAAAGGGGGGCAUUUGCAAGUAAUUGGAUCCGAAAACAUGAAAUGAAAAGUUAUCGUGAGGAACAUAACAGAUAGCUAUGUUAUUUUUAUCUAGCUCAAUUCAAUUAUUGAUUUUUUGGGUGUAUAUACUCCUGUUCCUUUGACCAAUUAUUGUUUUUUGAUCAAUUUAUGCAAUUAUUGUGGGUUCUGAUAAUUGUUUGAGGAAUAAAAUGGGCAAUUAUGUUCAAUUUCUCUAGCUCAAAGUGAAUCUCAUGUGCUUUUGAGUCAGAUAACUGUUUAGAAUGCAUUAUUUUUCAGUGAGAUUUUGCGGAAGCAAUAAGGGAACUACAUAAUGUAGCUUCCAGGACAUAUCCUCAUGCAUAUUUCGAUUCAAGCAAUGCAAUUUACCAUUAAAGCUAUUCUAUGUUUUAGUAGAAUUUCAGCCAAUAUUCCCGUAAUGCUAAAUUAGAAGGCUCUAAAUGUUAAAUAGGUGAGAAUGAGAAUAAAGUUGUCUUGGAUGCAUUUUUCUUGAGCAAGGCUUUUGCAACUGCUUCAUUUAUGAUAUAUAAUUGACUUUACAUCUUUCAACACUGCCCAACCACCGCUCAAGGGUACCUCCGCUCCCUAACUUCCACCGCUCCCCAACUGAGCAAAAUGGAGCGGUAAUAUUUGGCAAUGAUUUAUAGAAUUGCUU